AGGCGCAGCCCGGCCAUGCAGGCGGAGCGGGGCGGCAGCCGGGCCCGCAGGGAAGGGGUCCGGCACGGCCGGCGGCGGCCCAGCGGCGCGGCCGAGGCAGCCGCUGAAGGAAGCGGCGGGGACUGCCACGGUCGCGGAGGAGGCGGGGGCCGGGGAAGAGGCGGCGCUUACGGACUCCGAGGAGGCGGGGGCCGGGGCAGGCGAGAGCCCCGAGGUCGCGGGGCAGCGCCGCCGCCCAGCGCUCCCCAGCACCGGCCGGUAGCGCAGGAUGAUGAUACCGAAUCCCGACAGGAAGAAGAGAAGGAAGAAGUGAAAUGCUAUUCAAGAAGAAAGUUAUUUUCUAACUGGAACCGCUAUGAGGAUACAGAAAAAGAGGGACAGAAUGAACAUGGGGAAUCACAGAGAGGAACGGACUUCAGUGUUUUGCUUAGCUCAGCAGGAGAUUCCUUUACACAGUUUCGAUUUGCUGAUGAGAAAGAAUGGGAUAAAGAAAGCACAUGCCAUAAGCAGUUCUCUGCACUUUCUGUUGACUGCCAGUCUUUGGUCCAGGCCCUUCAGGAAUUACCUCUACAUCUGAAGUUGAAUGUAGCUGCUGACCUUGUACAGGCAUCAACACCUGUAGAGCUCCCACAGAUGAAAUCUAAAAUUUCUGAAGCUGUCAAGAGGAGAGAUCAGCUGUUCCGACAAGCUCCAGCUCAAAGUGACACCGUGUUGGUCUCCCCUCCUGUUGGCAAUUCUGUUGCUUCAUCAGAGCCUGGAAGUAAAAGUGGUUCUAGGGAAAAUGCAAGAGAACCACUUCAGAAAAUCCAUCCACUAUCAAAGCAAGCGAAUGACCAUUUGGAUGAAGAACUGGAUCUUCUCCUGAAUCUAGAGGCUCCCAUGAAUACAGGAAACAGACCGGUGUCAGGUGCAUUACCCUGCAGCGUAUCAACUGAGAAAGAUUUGAAAAUGGAUUGUAAGGAAAAUGACACUUUGAAAGUAGAUAUGCCUGAAGAGAAGAGUACAUCAUCACAGCAACAGCAAAAUACAUCUAAAGAUGUUACUGAGGAAGAGCUUGAAGAUUGGCUGGACAGCAUGAUCUCCUGAAGCUCAAAUUUCCUCAUCUGAAUAAUUGAAUAUAGCAAACAUUACAUAAAAAAUUGAUUUUUUUUUUAUCCCUUUGUUAUUUCUUUUCUCUGUUUCACCUUGUUCAGUUUGCCAGUAUGCUGGCUCCUAAAAUUUUGUGCAGCAAAAAUUAGUUUAGAUGGGGUUGAAAAUUGUCAAAGACUAAUAAUACUAUUAGAAACAAAGGUCUAAAAUUUGUGAUGAAAUUGGAAUUGUCUUUAUUAAAGAAGCAGGCUAUAGCAGACUAAGAGAACAGUUAUUGGAGCUUGUACUUGCUCUGUGUAGUCCUUAAAAUAAAACUGUGAAUGAACAGUGAA